UCUCUCUCCUCUCUGUCUGUCUCUCUGUCUGUCUGUCUGUCUGUAGGUAACUCUAAACAGGGUCUUCGGUGUAAAACCUGUAAGAUGGGGGCUCACCUGUGGUGCACCUCAGAAUUGUCCCAGCAGCCCUGCAAUGGAAAGUCUGGGGUCGCGGCCUUCAAGCGUAACUUCAGCUCUCCCAUGCUGGUCAACGAACAGCUGGCUGUCGUCAAGGAGGUGCAGCCCACCCAAGGGGCAGGCCGGGGGCGUGGGGUGGACCCUAUUUACGCAGCCCUGCGCUACGGGACGUCCCUGGCACAGAUGAGCCGCUCCAGUUUUGGGAGCGUGUCCGAGUCGCCCACGCACAGCCAGGGUGAAGGAGGGGAAGGAGGAGAGGAGGGAGCAGAGCAGUACAGCAUGAGAGGAGAGGCCACAGGAGACAGGGGGCUGAGUGACCCAUUCCCUUGUCUGUCAGAUCUGCUCCAGUGUGAAACGAGAAGGCUGAACCAGAUGAUGGGGCAGCGAGCAGCUCCAGGAGCCUGUAGGGGAAACCCAGCUGUGAAGGUUCCCAAGCGUAUUGAGUUCACUCGAUCCACACCACAGGGAAAGGAGUGGAGACAAGGUGGGCUUCUUCCCCUGCUAACUUCGUCCAGAGGUGCGCCCGGAGAGGGUGUGAGGGUCACCCAGCCUGUCCCUGCCAGCCGAGGGAUGGGCCACAUGCCAGUGAAGGAGGAUCAGAUCUGUGUGGGGAAGAGUGAGGACAGUGAGGGUUUCCUGAAGCUGAGCAGUGGAAAGAAGAGAGGACUGGUCCCUGCUAAAUCCAUUGAGGAGAUCUAACCUCUGUCUCAACACCAGCCCCCCGUCUCUCUCUCUCUCGUACCAGCACCCUGUAACCUCCCCACACACCCCUUUAAGGCCUGAGGAGGACCAGCCAGUCCGGGGGUCCUCCAACACCACCAUCGUGAGGCCCACCACCCUACUAAACUGAGUGGGGAGCGGUGACAGUUCAGCUUGUGAAUUCCAGGUGAUGUGGAGGAUGCCCCAGCCUUGUCCUUGCUGACCUUGUCUCCUCCACCCCAAUGUAGCUGACAACCCAGACUUGAAAGGGUUGGCUUCCCUUCCACAGUGGUUUGGCCUAGGUGUUGUGGAGGACUAUCUAAGCCCCCAAUGCCCCAUGUUUUCCUGCUGUAACGUACCUUUGUCUAUUAGUGAACUGGGUUUGUCUGUAGUCCACACCACAGGGGUAAGAGUUUGAGGACUGAAGGACUGGCUGCUGUGGACUCCAGUAACUUCCCUCAGGAAGGAAGGAACUUUGAGACUAUUUUCUGUCUGAUGAGUCUGGUCUCUCUGUGUGUGAUUUGACCAGUUCUUUUUCACUGUCCUCGAUGGCUGGAUAUCAAGAGGCUGAAGAAUGCAGGAUUAAGGCCGUCUCACACUAUACAGUCCAAACGUGGCGUGCCGUUUCGCGCAUAUAUAAUGACUCAAAUGUGUGCCGUUUUGGUGUCCGACAGGUUUCUUUGUCUGUUCGCUCACAACAUUUUUUAUUGGGGCAAGUUGAAGUUCGGUAGCCGACGUCUACGCCCUUUCGUCUGUAAUUGGUCAACUGUAGUGUUUUCAAAUGAAGGUCUUUAAGGGAGUAUGAGAGCACAGUCGUGCGCGCACACCUAGCCGAGUUCUGCUAGGAGAAAACAGAACCUAGUAUUAGUAUAUGUUACUUUAUUAAUCAGGAGUUCUGCUAGGAGCAAACAACCUAGUAUUAGUAUAUGUUACUUUAUUAAUCAGGAGUUUCUGCUAGAGCAAACA